AUGAAUGAGAUUGUGGAAGUGCUAUCUGACACUAACGAGGAGCUGCCCGCCCAGGAGUUCCCCAUAAUUGUUGACAGCUAUGAUGAUGAUGACAGCAAUGGUUUUGUGAGGCCUGUGAUCAGAACAGAAGAUUUGACUGGUCAGGUCCAAAUUUCCUAAGAUGAAACAGAGGUGGAUGAGGCUGCUGCCUCUUAGCACAGUUCAUCUGAUGGUGGUGAGCAGGAUCUUGGUGAAAAUUUUGGCCAACCAGAAAACGAUCCUGAGGCCAACCCAGAUGUUUUGGAUAAAAAGUUGCCAACUGAUGCCAAGCCUGCACCUGCAGAGGACCAACCAAGGAAGAGGAAAUACAAAACCAAGAGUAUAACUGUGACAACUGGUAGGAGAGUACAAAAAGAGCAUGCACCCUCAGAGAAGCGUGCUGCAGCAAAAUUGGAAAAAUGCAAGCCUGGGGUUGUUAUGUGCAAAAUACCUGGGUGUUUCUUGCAUGGCCUUGAAAAGUCAAAAUGGUAUUCUGGAAGGAAUUACAAGCAAAAUAAGGAUUAACUGGAUGAGAGAAUCUACACCCUGCUUAACAACUCUGUCUUUGAUAACAAGCUGCCAGAGAAAAUAGAUAUUGUCUGGAAUAAUAAAAUGCUGAGAACAGCUGGCUUAUGUACCACCUGCAAUAAUUGGUACACGAAGGGGCAUUAUGCUAAGGUUCAGAUUGCACUGAAAGUCUGCGACUCUGCAGACUGACUCUGGGAUACUUUGAUCCAUGAAAUAUGCCAUGUGGCCGCCUGGCUGCUUGAUGGUGACUAUGAUUCUCAUGGUGACACAUGGAAGUAUCAUGCCAGAAAAUCUAAUAUGCACUGAAAAUCUAAUAUGGUGUACCCAGAGCUGGCCAGGAUCACCCAUUGCCAUAGCUACAAGAUUAACUACAAGAUUCAGUAUGAAUGUACUCAGUGCCAAAGCAGGGUUGGCCGCUUCACUAAGUUGUUGGACACCAACGGCUUUAUCUGUGCCAAAUGCAAGGCCACUCUGGUUCUGUUGCCAUCAUAUCAUAAAGAUGGAACCCUCAUUGUGCCCCAUGUGAGGCCAUUUGCUAUGUAUGUGAAGGAGAAUUACAGAUUGAUUUAG